GACCGUAUAUUUUAUCAAUAGGGCCACGGCCACACUGCUCCCCAGCCUGUGGAAAAUAAACAAAUUGCAAAAAUACGUAAAUAGCGGGUUCCCUAAAUAUGUCGUUUCACUUAAGUACUAAGGAGCGUCUGCUUUUGCUUAUCGACGACAUUGAAAUGAUCGCAAAGGAACUGAUCGAGCAGGCGCAUCAAAAGAUAUCCAGCACGGAGCUUGGCGACUUGCUCGACUUGUUGGUGGCCAAAGAUGAGGAGUUUCGCAAAAUGCUGGAGCUGGCCGAGGAGCAGGCUAAAGUAGAGGAUGCAAUGGACAAGCUGCGUGCAAAGGUCGAAGUGCACGACCGGGAAAUACAGAAGCUGCAGAAGUCGCUUAAGGAUGCCGAACUAAUACUCUCCACCGCUAUUUUCCAAGCGCGUCAGAAACUGGCCAGCAUUAAUCAGGCCAACAAGCGACCGGUCUCCUCAGAGGAGCUCAUAAAAUACGCCCACCGCAUCAGCUCGGCAAAUGCUGUGAGCGCUCCUCUUACAUGGUGCAUCGGAGACUUACGUCGCCCGUAUCCUACGGAUAUUGAGAUGCGAAAUGGCCUGCUGGGCAAAUCGGAUCAAAACCUUAACGGCGGUCAGGUGCCACAUCAGAACAGCGGCCUUACACCAGAUGUUCAGCGCGGAUUAUCUGGCCCUGGGGGAGCUGGCAGCGGAGGAGCUGGUGAAGUUCCGAGCGCCUUCCAAAACCAAUUCAACUGGAAUCUAUCGGAAUUGCAUAUGACAAUGGGUGCUUCUGGCAAUUCCGUAGCGCUGGAGACACGUGCUCAAGAUGAUGUGGAAGUAAUGUCAACAGACAGUUCCAGCUCAAGCUCGAGUGACUCACAGUAGUUUGGAGAGACGGCAGAA